AUGUUUCCCAUGGCGAGACCUGCUCUUGCUGGCGCGUUGGCACGCCCCCAGCUGGCGCUAUGCCUGCGUCCCCAGGCCAUUGCAGCCCUGUCAACCUCAUCCGUGAAAUCAGCAACUGCGCUGGAGCGUCAAUCCCCAAGAGGUCAAUCAUUGGCCGCGUCCGGCAAAGUGCGGACAGAGGUUCCUCUGGGCAGUCAAGAGAAGAAAGAAGGCGCUAUGCAAUAUGUCUUGACCACCCUUGAUCAGGUUGCCAAUUGGGCUCGCCAGAGCUCUUUAUGGCCCAUGACUUUCGGUCUUGCUUGCUGCGCCGUCGAGAUGAUGCACCUUUCCACCCCUCGUUACGAUCAGGAUCGCCUUGGUAUCAUUUUCCGUGCCUCCCCGCGACAGUCCGAUGUGAUGAUUGUGGCCGGUACCUUGACAAAUAAGAUGGCCCCUGCUCUGCGUCAGGUCUACGAUCAGAUGCCUGACCCCCGGUGGGUUAUCAGCAUGGGUAGUUGCGCCAACGGCGGUGGCUACUACCACUACAGCUACUCGGUAGUCCGUGGUUGCGAUCGUAUCGUACCUGUGGAUGUCUAUGUUCCCGGAUGCCCUCCUACCUCCGAGGCUCUCAUGUACGGUAUCUUCCAGCUGCAGAAGAAGAUGAGACAUACCCGUAUCACCCGCAUGUGGUACCGUCGUUAA